AAUAAUGGAAUUUAAGUAGAAUCUACUAAUGAUACGACAACAAAUCGAUCAUAUACACCAAAUAAUUAUUUAACAAAUAUAAAUAACAAUUCAAAUCAUCAGAAAAGUGGCUAUUUUACACCGUAUAGUUUUGCUAGUAGAGAAUUUUCAUCUACAGAUCUAUCAUCUUAUUCAACACAAAGUCUAUUAAGACGUUUAAUCGAUAAAGCUAAUUUAUUAAAUGAUUUUUAUGCUGAUUGUUGUGCCAAAACAACAACAGAUCAAAUUAUUAAAACAGAGAAUAGACAAGAUGAGGAGGAUAUUAUAAAGAAGAAACCAUCGUUAACAACAGCAAACUCUUAUUUAUUAUCAAGACGUUCAACAUCGAUGAAACGUUUUAUUAUUGAUGAUGAUACACGAACAACGGUGAGAAAACGAAAACAUCGUAGUAUAUACGAUAAUUUAAGUGAAGAUAGCCGAUAUAAUUUAUACGCGGAUGAAGAUAAUGUUUUAAGAGAAUUAAUUCGUUUUAAUAAUGAUAUUGAUUUAAUUUUAUCACGUUUGGAAAUGGAAGGUGAACAAUUUCAACAGGCAACAACAAAAGCCCGUUUAAAUUCAUCGACAACUCAAUUAUUAUUAGACGAUAAUAAUCUUGAUUCAAAAGAAUAUUUGAAUUAUAAUAAUGAUUCAUUAAUGAAAUCAUCAACAACAUUGGAACGAAGGCAACAAAGUCAAGAGUCAGGAUUGUUGCUAGAUGAACAAUAUUUGAGCGAACGGAAAAAAUCUCCAUCAUCUCAAGAAGAAUUAGUACCAUCAACAUCUUAUGAAGCUAUGCGUACAACAAGUACAACUGGUACAAAUGAAAUUAAUGUUCAUUUACUUUUAUCGAAUGAUAUUAAUAAAUUAAGAGAAUCAGCACUAAUAAAACUCCAAAAAUUAAUUAAUCGUAAUUGUACAAAUGAUGUUAUCAAUAAUCAGGAUAUUGUGACAUUAUCAAAACUUUCAAAACUUCCAAAAUCAUCAUCGUGGAAAGGAAAACGUGUAUUUGGUAUACCAUUACGUAUUUAUCAACAAUCAACUGGUCGUUUAUUACCAUUAGGAAUAACAAAUGCUCUACAAUAUUUACGUUUACAUGCCGGAAAAUGUGAUGGUCUAUUUCGUAAACCAGGUGUUAAAUCAAAAAUUGAUCGUCUAAGAAAUGAAAUUGAAAUACAUGAUUCAGAUCAAAUUAAAUUUGAUGAUUAUCAACCAUUUGUUGUUGCCGAUGUUGUACGACAAUAUUUUCGUGAAUUACCCGAAUGUAUUAUACCACCGUCAAUUACUAGAAUAUUAUGUGAUCUUAUUAAAUGUUUACCUCAAGAAGAUCAACUUCUUGCUAUACGCUAUUCAUUUCUAUUAUUACCAGAUGAAACAAGAGACGUUUUAGAAACAAUUUUACGAUUUUUAUUUGACGUUUCAAUACGAUCCGGAGCUAGUCAGACAACAUGUCGAAGUUUAGCUCGAAUAUUUGUUCCAUCCGUAUUUCAAUCAUAUCAUGAAUUACGUUCAACAAAAUUAACAUGGUGGAAAUGGCGUAAAGAAAUUAAACUUGAUUCUAUAGCACAAGAAAGUGAACGAUUAACAUUAGAAUUAUGUUUAAUGACAAUGAUAUUAAAUGUAGAUGUUUUAUGUAGGGUUCCUAGUGUACUAUCGUCCGAAUUACAAUUGCCCAGUCAACGUAAAACAAAACGUCUCGAUGAUUUAAUUCGAAAUGAAUGUAAUGGAGAAUUUUUAAUUAAAAAAUAUAUUUCAAAAGAGAGUGAACAAUUUUUUCAGCAAUUACAAAAUACAAAAUAUAAAAGUGUUCAAUUACCAGGAAAUGAUUUAGAUAUUAUUGAACUGGGCAUUUAUAAACCAAAAACAACUACAAAUGAAGUAGCAUCAUUACCACGAUGGAAAUGUUCAAUAGAUAUACCAGCUAGUAUAAAACAAGUAUCCCAUCGUAUUCUAAAUGAAAGAUAUAUGUGGGAUUUAAAUUUUGCUGAAUCACGUAUUGUUGAAAAAUUAGAUGAUGAUGCUGAAAUUCAUCAAUAUGUAUUAAAUUUUCUCGAUUUAGUUCCCGUUCGUUCAUUUUGUGAAUUUCGGUAUACAAAAAAAUUUUCAUCUCAUUCAUCAUCUACUGAUAAUAAUGAACAACAACAAUCGGCUUCUAAUAGCAACAAUAUUGCAAAUGGUAUUUUAAUAAGUUCAAUUUCAAUUGAUCAUUUACAAAAUCAUUUUUUACCAGGAAGUAUCGGAAUAACACAUAAUUCAUAUUUUUAUCUUACACCAUCAACAACACAAGCGGGUUGUACAAAAGUGAUACAUGUGGCAUCUGUAGACUUGAGCGGACGAUCAACUGAAUGGUAUGAUAAUGUAUUUGGAUCAAUGAUGGCUCACAAUUUAAACUCACUUCGGCAAACAUUUAAUAAAAAUAAAAAGUGUGAAAAAGGCUAG